GUUUCUGCUUCUUCUUUCCAUUGCUCCCAACCGCUUCCCUGUGCUCGUCCUCCACCUCCUCCCUUUCCAUUUCAACCUCAGCUCCCUCUCUCUCUUAUUUCUGCUUGCGUUGCUUUGCAGGUUGGCCUUUCUCCCUCUCUGGCUCUCGCCGCGGCUGCGCUACGCCCCUCGUUGUCGGACUUCAUCGAUUCUGCUGCCUUCACCGCUUUGUGUCCUCGUCGUCUCUUGGAUUUCCUUUCGCUGUAAUCGAUAUUGCCUGCUGUAUUCUGAAAAUCAUUCUCGGUGAUAAGACAGAGAGAUUUGAAAAGAAUGCCUCGCAUAUUGAGUUGAAUACUAUGUGGCGGGCUGCGGCACGAUAUUUCAAGAGCGAAUUGUUGCAUUGUGGAGGCAGCAGGUCAAGGAUUGCGCAAGUUGACUUAUACGCAUUGGCGCAGCAUAGGCUAUUGUGUUCUGCGACAGCGGAAGUGCAAACUGUCGACAGACUUUGUGGUAGCAGUUCAGAUCAUAUAUUCUCACCUGACUCCUCCAUCUUGUCACAGCUAAACACACCUCUGGAAGACAUCCUUGACGCCGCCCUCCUCGGUGUUGUGUCUAGAUAUGAUAACAGGGAUUAUUUCAGGUCUUUGAAUCCUUACCGUAGUGCUGUGUUUUCAAGCACUGCUGAACCUGCUGAAUAUAUUGGAUAUGGAGAUCCGUAUGAAGGAACCGAGGUUGAUUAUGAUGAAAGAGGAAUUGAGUUCUUUAUGUCGGAGCAUGCUGGCGCAGCCGUUGAAGCUAAAGAAAUGGAAAGGAAGAAGGGUCAUAACAAGCUCCAGGAACUUCGUCAGAGACAAAUAAUAAAUGAGACGGAGGCAUGGACAAAUGCAGAAGCUCAAUAUGAAGAAUUUAUAGCGGAAAUGUGUCGAAAGAAACUUGCUCCGAACUUGCCGGCCUCCCAAUUGCUUCUUCUUGGAUGGUAUGAGCCUUUGAGGGAUGCCAUCGCAGAAGAGCAGCGAGCUUUCUCAGAAUUGGAGUUCCGUGGUGAACGUGCUUCAUAUGGUCCAUUUCUGUGCCAGUUGCCUCCGUCUCAGUUGGCGGUGAUCACGAUGCAUUGCUUACUGGCAUUAGUCAUGAGCAAUGAGAAGAUGGGGUAUGUUAAAGUCAUUCAGGCUGCUCUUCACAUUGGAGAAGCGGUAGAACAAGAGGUUCUGAUUCGUAAAUUGCGGAUAGGCAAAGCUAAGAAGAACGAAACGAAGAGGAAAGGCAUAACAAAGGAUGAUGGAAUCAGUACCAUAGAGUCUGGCAAGGUUGAGCUUACUACCAGCCCGGAACUGCCCACUCAAGCUACUGGAAUGCAAAAAUUGCGGAAGCUGAGAUUAUGGAGAAGUAUGUUGCAAAAAGCCAGCGGAAGCGACCCUUGGGGUCCUACAAUUUAUGCAAAGGUGGGCAGUCGAUUGUUGGAGCUUUUUAUGGAGACUGCAGUUAUACGAGUUCCGAGCGACGAUCCUCACGUUGAUGCUUCUUUCGAGCCUGUUUUUCAACAUACAAAUAAGAAGUUUGUCUGCACGAAUGGCAGAUCAUCUACAGGUUUUGGUGUUGUGGAGUGCAAUCCUUUGGUCCUAGAACAAAUAGACAAGUCGGUUAAGUACGUGAUAAUGCCGUAUAUGCCCAUGGUUUCAAAGCCCAAGCAUUGGAAGGGGUUCCAUGAUGGGGGCUACCUGUUUCUUAAGUCUUCGAUAAUGAGGACUCAUGGUUCGAAGGAGCAGUAUGAUAUCUUCAAAAAUACUCCUCGCGAGAAUAUGAAAAAGAUUUUCCAGGCGCUGAAUGUUCUCGGAGAAACUGGAUGGAGAGUGAACAAGCCAGUUCUUGCUGUGUUAGAGCAGAUUUGGAAAGAAGGUGGACGUUUAGCCAAUUUGGUAGACGCCGAGGAUGUCCUUGUGCCAGCUAAACCUGAGACCAACAACUUGGAUGAGCUAAAGAGCUGGAGGAGGGAAGUUGGAAUUGUGAAGCGCACUAACUACGAGCGGUACUCCUUGCGCUGCGAUGUCGAGCUUAAACUUGCUGUGGCUAGGAAAUUAGUGAAUGAAGAUGCAUUCUAUUUGCCACACAACUUAGAUUUUCGGGGAAGAGCCUAUCCUAUGCACCCAAAUCUUAACCACUUGGGAUCAGAUAUGUGUCGUGGAGUACUUGAGUUUGCGAAGGGAAGACCACUCGGCGAAACUGGUCUGCGCUGGUUGAAAAUACACCUUGCGAACCUUUAUGGAGGAUCUAUUAGCAAGUUAUCAUUUGAUGCACGAGUUGCUCAUGUUGAUACCCAUAUGGAUGAUGUUUUCGAUUCCGCUGAGAAUCCUAUGAAUGGAAAUAGAUGGUGGCUAAAGGCAGAAGAUCCUUUCCAAUUUUUGGCUGCUUGCAUUGAUAUACGAAAUGCUGUUAAGUCUGGGAAUCCGAAGACGUACAAUUCAUUUCUGCCUGUUCAUCAGGAUGGUUCAUGUAAUGGAUUGCAACAUUAUGCAGCCCUUGGGCGAGAUCGGAUUGGUGCUGGGACUGUGAAUUUGUUAGCUGGUGACGUACCUGCUGAUGUCUACUCAGCUAUUGCAGACAGAGUGCACCGGACUAUAGAGAAAGCAGCUCUGAAGAACCCCGAGGCCAGUAAACAUGCAGCGAUUGCACGGGUUCUACUUGGACAAAUAGAUAGGAAGCUCGUAAAGCAAACUAUAAUGACAUCAGUAUAUGGUGUUACGUUUGUGGGUGCACGUAUACAAAUCUUGAAUCGCCUCAAGGAGCGAGGCAUUAUACAAGAUGGUGGUGAACUAUUCAAAGCUUCUGUUUAUGCUGCUAAGGUAACGCUUGAUGCCUUAGGAGAGGGCUUUAGGGAGGCACGAUGCAUCAUGAACUGGCUUUCCGAAUGUGCUCAGAUCAUUGCUCAUUCUGGCAAUUCUGUAAAAUGGACUACACCGUUGGGGCUUGAAGUGGUCCAACCUUAUCGGAAUCCUAGUAGACAUCUGGUGAAAACUGCGCUUCAAGAUCUUCAUAUUAGGUCAGUUGAUGUUGACAGCCCAGUCCUGAAAACGAGGCAGAGAAGUGCAUUCGCUCCUAAUUUUAUACACUCCCUUGAUAGCACCCACAUGAUGUUGACUGCACUUGCCUCCAAUCAAGCGGGGAUUUCUUUCGCUGGGGUGCAUGAUUCCUUCUGGACGCAUGCAGGAGAUGUCGAUGUUUUGAAUAAACUUACACGGGAGAAGUUUGUGGAGCUGUAUAGUUAUCCCAUUCUUGAAAAUUUAUUGCUAGGGUUUCAGAGACGUUAUGCUGACUUAACUUUUCCUCCAGUCCCUGAACGUGGAGUCCUGGACAUCAGGGAGGUUCUUAAAGCCCCAUACUUUUUCAACUAGAUUUUCCAUCUUUACAAUCCACAAUUAGUACCGACAGUGUAGAUAACUUUAAUUGACUUUCAUUGAUGUUAGUGCAAGUGUAUAUUAUUAAUUCAAGUGAAAUAUCUGCUCUCUUUGCAACUGGGUGACGAAUGGAUACAUUUUGAAACAUUUUUUCAA